AUUUGAUUUAACUCAUUCAGUCGACCUCGAGGUACAGCCGAGAGCGGGUGUACGCCAUCUUUGAUUCUGAACUGUCAAAUUUCGCGCCGAUUCUGUGACUGUGAUAGCACUAAUUGCCAGCAAAAAUAAAUAUAAUAGUGUAGUGAAAUAAAUUAGGAACAUUUUUAAAUUAAGUGUGUUUUUUCUAGAAUUUAUUCGUGUUGUUUAUCUCGGAGUUAUUGGCUGAGAUCUCGGUCUGUGAUUAGUGCUGUGUUUUUGUUUUUUUUUUUCACUUAUAGUUUGAUACCGUUUGAACUGUCGCUGUUUGUGCCCGGAAAGGAUAUAUUUCGGAAUUUUGGUGCAAAAUGCGAUCAAAACCUCGGUUGUUGGUGAUGUAAGCAACGCAGUCACCCCGAUGUACGAUAUCACGAGAAGAUAAACAAAUACCGAUGAUACCGAAACGCAAACUGCCGAGUUGACGGUAAACAAAACAGUUACUGAGGUACCAAAACCUGGGUACCUCACCUACCCAAUGACUGAUGAAAUUGUCAAGUCGGAUAAUGCCGAAGAUGGCGAUAAGGUAGCCAAAGAUACGAGGGUCGAUACCGAAACGAAGGAAACGAAAGAAACAAAACCGAGAACUGUAUCAUUUAAUAGGGACGUACAUGUGAAAAGAUUCGAUAAACCGCGUGCUACGCGUACCACAUCAUCUGACCAACCAAAAUCCAUCAGAAAAGAACCAUUUACUCAUUUAUCAGAAAAGGAACUCAUUGAAGAAGCUAACAAAGUACGAGCCCAAGCUGAAGGCAUCACAUGCACUUCUGAUCAUCCACCAGAAAAGUUCUUCUCCUUACCACACAGAAGGAAAAAGGAUAAUAAAAUCGGAAGACGGAACAGUGACGAGGGCGCUCCUGAGAAAACUCCUCUAGGACGAUCAACCAGUGAUGUAAGCAACAAAAAGAGGAAAGAACGAACCUCAUUAUCAACGCUAUUCAGAAGAGCUCAAAGUGGUAAAGGUUCUGAUGUACCAGUUGUUGUUGCCACAAAACCAGUUGCAAUAGUCCAGAGAAGUAAGAGUGACGUAUCCGAUCUAAAGUCUAACACAACACUUACCACGCAGAACAAACCAAUCCGCAAAAGAUCAGGUAGUGAAACUGAGGAAUUCCUUAAGUCAUUGAGAAAUAAGAAGUCACAGUUAUCACCCAUUAUAGAAAGUUCACCCAGAGAAGAUUACUUUAAGAAAACGCCACCACUUGACCUGUAUCAACAAAAACAAAAUUCUGCACAAAAGGAAAAUAAUACUGAAAAAGAAAAAACAGAAAAUAAAAAAAUCAAUCCAGUUGAAAAGCCUCCCAGGUAUAAAGCUCCAGAAAAGCCUGAGCCAAAAGCACCCACUAGAGCUAAAAAGGGUAAAUCACAAGAGAAGGAGAAAGAGAAAUCGCCACAAAUAAGUAACACGCCAAAAAGAAAAACUGACGUGAAAAAGACAAUUCUUGUGGAUGAGAUUGACUCGACUAAAAGUAAAGAUACCAAUUCUGCUGAUGUUAAAGAUAGAAUCAAAGACAGCAUAAGAAAAAUUGAAGAAAACGUUUAUGGUGAUAAAGAAAUGAUACAUAGUAGUCAACAACCGCCGGAUAAACCGCCUUUGACUCGAGGGCAUACAGUAGAUCACUUAGUGAGGAUUCUUAAAGAAGACCAAUCUUCGCCGCCACCGAAAUCUCAUUUGAUUUCACCUCCAAACGGAACUAACGUGAAUCAACCAUUUUCUUAUAUUAAACCUAGUAUCAGUCCUGAUCCCAAUCUUUUUGUAAGGAAUACUAGUCCAGAUAGAGUGCCUUCCCCAGUGAACAAGAUGGAUAAGGGAGUGGUGUAUGCUCACGUAGUGAGAGAUCAUGAUUCACACAUCAACAGACUAAAUAAACAAACAGUACAUAAAACUUAUUCUCCGUCCAGAGAAAAGUACGGUAACUUGUCCGAUGAAGAUGAAGGUUUGGGUUAUGAAGACAGAUAUAAGUUUGCUAAGACUCAAAUGUAUGAUUAUGAUUACAAAAACAAGGAAAACGACACCUUCAAUAAUUUUGAACCGACCUACAAUAUAACAGAUUCACCCAUAAGGCCUAGGUUUAGGGAAUACAAGCUGACCAGCUUCGAAGACUUUGAACCAACUUAUGCCAAUGAAUAUUCACCAAAAGACAAGUCCCCCGAUUUAAGUAAUCAAUAUAGAGGAAGAGGAGACGGUAUGGACACUAAAAAGAAACAAUAUGAAACAGAACCAACCAAGAUUGAUUUAGAUUUUAAUGAACUGAGUCACAGACGUCAGCUUUUGGAAUCAAGGCUUAAUGCUCGAAGACUCGAAAGGGAGAGAAAUAUUGAGGAGCCUAUAUCAAGAUAUUUACCUGAUGAUCCACUAUAUGAAGCUGAAAAACGCAUGCAAGCUACUGAGAGAUACGUCAAUGAAACAGUCCGUUAUUAUCGGAAUACGUUAGAAAGAGAUGGUUUUGCUGAAAGCAGUGUUACUGAAGAUUACAGUAAAUAUGAUUCAGAUAAUCAUAAGAUAAAAUACAAUACAGAAAGUAGAACCUUCCAAAAAGUUCCUAAAGGAGAACUUGAUAGGCGCGAGUUCAUAGAUAAAUUGGAACCUAGAUACAAGAGUUCUAAAAAAGAUUUUCCUCCAGAACCUGAAUAUGAACCUCCAAGCUUAGAUUCAAAUACAGGUAAACCAUUACUCAGUCCCGAUGAAUACAAAGAGAAGAAAUAUAAAGCAAAAAAGCAACUUACUUCUAGUCAUGAUGUUCUUCAAACUGGACAAAAAUAUAAAGGCAAAGAAUAUUUCGGUAAAAGAAAAGGCCAUUAUUCCUCCAAUCCUGAAAUUGCUCAAGAACGUGAGGAAGAUUAUGCGAAUCUUCCAAAAUAUGCCGACUCUUACCAUUCACUGCGUAGAGUGAAGAAUAAGGACAGAUAUAAGGAAGAGUUUGGUAUGACACGACAUGAUUCUGGUGAUAGUAGAGAAUACUACAGGGAUGACAGGUCACCUCGUCGCUUCGAUAUCGACAACAGACUAGUUGAUUCUGGAAUCGAAAACGACUUCAGAAAAGAUUCAAGCGGAGAAAUACACAGAACGAGACACAGGAGACAUGAGAGCGACGAUGACGUCAGGGACACGUCUUUAUUUUUGGCUAGUGAAAGACAACACACAGAAGAUAAUUAUCCUGCUGAACAGAUAUACGCUAACGGAGAGUAUUUGGCGAGGUUCAAAGAUUACAGGGAUGAUGGAUAUAGGAAGGAGUACACAAGGCGAGAUAGAAGUGCUGAUGAAGGAUCACAUUUUGAGCCAAAACAUGAAAGAUACGAGAAAAGUCCUAGUAGACUUGAUGAUAAAGUCAGUGCGAAACCGCCCAAGGCAAAGAAACUUACUGGACUUGAAAAGAUGAAACAGCUGUUCUCUCGCGACUCUUCUAAGAAGAGCAAGAAAGAGAAGGAAGUAGUCCAGCCAAAGACUCGCACACGGGUGCUCAAGAGCCCUGAACAUCUUGCCAGAGACGACUCCGAAUAUAGAAGGUACACGGACCCUGAACCAAGCGACAUCAUAGUGAAGAAGAUCGACUAUGAAUGCAAGGGUGAUGAGCGUAGGUACAGGAGUUCCAGGGAAGACCUGGAAAGGUACAGGAGCUCAGACCCUCGGGACAGCGAUCCUGAGAGAAAGUAUAGAGAGGAUUAUGAUGGAAGAUAUGAAAAGACACUAAAAGAAGAAAGAAGAUACAAGGACCGCAAAGAGGAAAAGAGACGGUACCAUUCUUCGGAUAGAGAGAGCGACAGGCAGUCGAGACCUUCUGACGGAGAGAGCGAUUUGAGGAAGUCGAGAUCUAGGCCUUUGGACUCACCCGCUUUGGCUGAACGUUACCGCGAGAGACGCAGGCUGGCCACGCCGAGCCCCACUCCAUCCCCGCCGCGACGACAGGCCGCCCCCACUCCACCUGCUGGCAACUGGUUCAAGUCUCUCGAUCGUCUUACUAGGAAGAAGAAGAAUACUAAGAUCGAAAAAGAAAGCAUAAUAACAACAGAAGAUGAAGCACCACGCAAAACGUAUCCAAAACCGGCCAAACCGCUAACAUCACCUGCAAAGAACCUCCGCUUCUUUGGAGACACAGACCCAGAUUCAGACGCCAAUGUCAAGCCAUCAACAGAAACGAAACGGUACACACAUACAAAACACGGCACACUAAGGAAAACCAUUUCCAACUCCAGCACAGGCUUAGAUGAAGUAGAUCAUGGUGAGCUGACAAGCAAAAGCUACUCUUUAUCAAACCUACAUAGGGACGAAAAAAGCGAAUCACCAAAUGGCAAACACUACAAGCGAAACCUGCAAAACAUAUCCGAAAUACAGAGUAAUUCGGAGACAGAGAGUCAAUUUGACAGGAAAGUGAAUGCGAAACCUCCAAUAAGUCCAUACGAAAGGUCCAGGAGUCACAGCAGUUCGAAGACUUUGAAAGGAUCUAAGGGAGAUGUAAGGCGAAGACAUGAUGAUAGAGGUAGCUCGUCUGAACUGAGAGGAAGUAAGCAGGAGCUUAGCAGAGACAUAAAACACCGACGCAGGACUCCAGUCACAAAUUCUGGUGAGAGCAGCACGGAAGGUGAUUCCAGCCACCAAUCACAACGCAGUGUUGUCUACUUACAUGCAACUACGGUUGGCGACAUCCCAGACCCAGGUCGUAUGACACGAAACCGCUCCCGUGACGAUGUCUCCUCAGUCAACUCCUCCAACCUUCAAGUACGGACCACAACGAAGAGCUUCUCAAUAUUCGCGCCCUGGACACCUAAACAUUACAACGACCAACACGACGUGCACUAUGCACAGCGACCAAGAAAAUCAAAGCCCAAAGAAAUUGUGAAGAAGGCAUCCUCAACAAAAACGUUGACAGAGGACAGGCCAGCGACGCUACAAAAAAAUAAAUCCUACAGCCAAACCACAUUGACCAGACGACCACAGAACAGUCGGCUAACAAGCUCCAGUUCAACGUUAUACAAAAAAUCUGAUAAAAGAAUCAAAGACACAAACACUACACCGCGGAAAUCCGUAGCUCGAGACGGCAAGAAAUCUCAAUCAAGCGAAAUUAUAAACCGGGAGAGCGACAGAGAAAGACUGUCCCGUUCUAUCUCUAUGCCUAAAGAUAACAAUAAAAAAGCUGGCUGGUUCAGGUUGUCGAGCAAAAAUAAAAAACCAGAAAUAAACACUAGAGUUCGUUAACAAUGUCUUCGAUUUAUAAAAUUUGAUUUUUGGAACGCUGAUCAAUGCAAAUAUGAAUUAACACGCUAUUAAAUAUAUCGUCUUGCGGUUUAGUUGGGAAAAAAAUUGCUUUGACUUCAGAUAAAACUUUGAUCAGCCUUCUAAAAACUUGGGAGGACAUUCUUGAUUCUCAAAAUUCGUCCACUAAUAUUCAUAAGGAAAGUCCGUCCAUAACUGAUGAGGGUAACAAUCAUAAGGUCUUACUGAUAGAAGCACAGGUAUAACUUUUAUAAUAAAGUAUGUGCCAUAAAAAAAAACAUGUUUUUUAUCUACGAGUACAUUUUUUUAUUAAAUUAAGAGUUGUAAUUUUUUGUUGUACUGAAAUAAAUAGUACCUACCAUGCUCUGUUUUGACUAUAUUUGGUAAAUUAAUAGACCUGUGUUUUUUUAAAUGUUGCUACGGCCCUGAUAACAAACAUUUUAUUAAAUUGUGAAGCCUUUUUAGUGGUUAUUUAAUAGUGCCAUUGACCACUGGACUUAUACCUACUUAUGUAAAUGUAUCCAAUAAUGUUACCAUUUUAAUAAUAAUAUUUUUAGUCAUUGCCAACGCAAAAAAUGCUUUUACUACUAAUAAGAUAUUGAAAAUAUCUGUGCAUAAUAUUUUUAAUUUUAUUUUCAUUUUAGUUUUAAGUUUUUACUUUGAAAUUUUUCUUUUAUUUUUAACGCUUUUUAAGUACAACUAAUUUGACGUGUGUUGUGUUAAUUUGAAAUUAAAUAAUGUCAGGUGUAUUCGAUGCUUGGCGUUUGUAAUUAAGAUGAUAAUUUGAUGAGAAGCUAAUAUAGCUCGAAUGUAACUUGAAUGAUUUAUAAAUAAACAUCUAAUUAUAACG